AUGCAUCAUCUCGGCCUCGUAUACGCCUUGCUCAUUUCUGCCACUAGAGCGGUUCCGGUCGAAGAUUCCCCCUUCCCAGGAGCCAUCAAGUGGACUCCUAACCACAAAAUUCAGCCUAGCGAUGUUAUUGUUCCUGUAAAGGGUGUUUGCAAGUUGCCAUUCCCCUACGUCGUCAACGAGAAAACCUAUCUUGCCAAGCUCAAGGCCGAAGGCAUCAAGAUCGGUGCUCCCGAGCUGGACCCGUCUUGGAUCUCGUACAACAGCACUGAUCUGACCAAGCCCAAGUACCCCAAGGUCUCAAAAGGUCAGGUCGGAAAGCGUGACGACUGUGAUGGCACCUUCUACAUCACCACCGACAAGACUGAGACCUUUGUCGACUGGGACGUGCAGAUGUCGCCUGUUGUCUGUGCCGUUGGCGACAUGGACAUCAGCGUGUCUUCCGGCUACAGCGUUUCCAAUACCGUUGGCGGAAGUGCUGGCGUCGAUCUCACCUUCGUCAAGGACAAGCUGGCUGGGUCUCUUGGCAUCGACUACAGUCGAACCUGGACCACGCAGACCUCAGUCAUCACCAAGGCUACUAUCAAGGACGGCCAGUGUGGUGUCAUGAUCACCAAGCCUCUUACUACUCGUCGUUCUGGUCGUCAGUUCCAGGGCUGUAUUGGUUCUGCCACUGAGAUUGGUACUUGGUAUGCCGACAGCCGUGGCGAGGGAAGCUACAACGGCAUCACCUGGAUUGAAGGUGCUAUCUCUGCUUGUUCUAAGCCUGGUAGCAACCCUCCCCUGUCUCGCUGCAACGGACAAGGAAACUUCCGAUGA